GAACAUCUGCGGACCCUUUUUUUGAUGAGAGUCAUCUCCGGGGGAGAUGGCUGUUUUCCGGCUGUCGCUGCUGCUGCAGGUGGGCUUCGUGAUCGGAUCGAUCCCCGCCCACGCGGAAUGGACAGCGCGCGGGGAAGGAGACGCCGGCGCACGGGGGCUGAUCCGCGGCGCGCCUGAGCAUCCUCCCGGGGAGACGGCGAGGGGGACACAGGAGCGCCUCCCCCGGGUGGUCACGGCGUUUCUGCACACCGGGGACUCGACCACCUUGAAGCAGGCCAACUGCUCGCGGAGGUACGAGCUCACCUCCCUGCGGGGGGGUCCGCGAGGCACCCCCCCGCAUCCCUCCGUGAGCAGCGUGCUGGACGCCGUGCUGCACGCCACAAACUUCCUCAACGUGAUCCUGCAAGCCAACAGGUCCAGGGAGCAGAGCCUGCGGCGCGACAUCGAGUGGUACCGUGCCUUGGUCCGGAGCGUGCUGGAGGGCGACGCCAGGAUCCACCGGGCGGUCGUGGCUUUUAGCCCGGAGUCCUCCUCCGCGGCGGGGGCCCCCUCGGUGCUUCUCCAAGCCACCAGGGCCAGCGGGGAGAUCGUCCUCCAGGACCUCUCCGGCGCGGCGCACCGCCACCUGCACAACCGCACGGUGGACACGGAGUGGUACCACGCGGUCAAGGACAGGAAGAAGCCCGGCUCCCAUAAGAGGGUGCUGAGCCGAGACUUCGGGUCACCCGACACUUCUUCCAAAAGACGCGAGAGUUUUAUCCCGGAGAAGACGCACGUCAAGUGGUCCGUGCCCUACCUGGAGUGUGAAAAUGGGAAUUUUGUCCCCCGCUGGCUUCUCACCUUAUCGGCUGCCUUCUACGGCCUGAAGCCCAACCUGGUUCCGGAAUUCAGGGGCGUGGUGCGAGUGGACAUCAAUCUGCAGGAUGUUGAUAUCGACCAGUGCUCCGCUGACGGAUGGUUCGCCGGGACGCAUCGAUGCAACCUGACCACGAUGGAGUGCGUGCCGCUCCACGGUCACGGGUUCGUCUUGGACAAAUACUCGUGCCGCUGCAGGACGGGAUUCUACCACCCCAACCGAGUGGCUGUCAACAGCUUCACAGGGACGGGCAGGAAGGGGAAAGCCGGGGACAGCGGCCCCAACGCGGACGAGGGGUCCUCCAGCGACUGCCUGCCGUGCCGGCAGGGCUGCGCCUACUGCCGGGACGAGACGCCCUGCGUGGCGCCGGCGGACGGCGUCCUGCGCCUGGCCGUGGUCUCCGUCCAGUGCCUCUGCGUGCUCCUCGUCUUCGUCGCCAUGGUGCUCGUCUACCACUUUCGCAGGAACAAGAGUAUCCGGGCCUCGGGUCUAGUGCUGCUGGAGGCCAUCCUGUGUGGAGCUCUGCUGCUCUACUUUCCGGUCGGGAUUCUCUAUUUCCAGCCGAGCGUUUUCCGCUGCAUUCUGCUGCGAUGGGUCCGGCUGCUGGGUUUCGCCACCGUCUAUGGGACACUGACUCUUAAGUUGUACAGGGUGCUGAAGGUGUUCCUGUCCCGCACCGCGCAGAGGAUCCCCUACAUGACCAGCUGGCGGGUGCUGCGGCUGCUGGGCAUCAUCCUGCUCAUCGUCUGCUGGUUCCUGGUGGCCUGGACCUCCGCCGUCUGCCAGAACCCGGACAGGAAGUUGGCUCUGAUCGACGUGGGCUACACGCCCGACGGGCUGCAGUUCAGCAUGUGCCUGCUGGACCGCUGGGACUACAUGAUGGCCGUCGCUGAGUUCCUCUUCCUGCUGUGGGCGGUGUACCUGUGCUACGCUGUGAGGACGGUGCCCUCGGCCUUCCACGAGCCUCGCUACAUGGCCAUCGCCGUUCACAGCGAGCUGGUCCUGACGGCCAUAUUCUACGCCAUCAGGUUCACUCUGGCUGCGGAGCUCCACCCGGACUGGAUGCUGCUGCUGUUCUUCACCCACACCCACUUAACAGUAACAGUAACGCUGGGUCUGCUCCUCAUCCCCAAGUUCCUGUUUGCCGGCACCCACAUGAGGGAGGACAUCGCCUCCGAGGCCUACGAGGACGAGCUGGACAUGGGUCGCUCCGGGUCGUAUCUCAACAGCAGCAUCACGUCAGCGUGGAGCGAACACAGCCUGGAUCCUGAGGACAUCCGGACACCAGACGAAACGGGCCAUCUCAGUUCUAUUAAUGGCUGCGCCGUCAGGUCUUGCGAAAGUCUUUGGGAAAAACGUACCAACGAGGAGCUGAAGAAACUCUACUCCCAGCUGGAGAUCUACAAGAGGAAGAAGAUGCUGGCAAACAACCCCCACCUGCAGAAGAAGCGGAGCUCCAAGAAGGGGUUGGGUCGCUCGCUGAUGAGGCGCAUCACUGAGAUCCCUGAGUCGGUGCACCGGCAGUGCAGCCGCGAGGACAAGGACGCCGGCGAGCACGGCAGCAACCGCAACAGCAUCUGCAUGUUGAAGAAGAACCCCUUCGAUCCGACGCACCAAUCGAAGCCGGCCAAGGAGGACACGCUAAAGAACAAGGUCUUCUCCCUCAAGAAGUCCCACAGCAGCUACGACCACGUCCGCGACCAAAGCGAAGAGUCCAGCAGCUCGGCCACGGACAAGAUGGAGGCGACGCCGGCCGAAGGCUCCCUCCUGGACACGCUCAUGGGCAAGAAGCUGGUCAAGAAGCAGUCCAGCGACAACGUGAGCGAAUCCACCGAGUCGGUCCCUCUGGUCUGCAAGUCAGCCAGCGCCCACAACCUGAGCGCCGACAAGAAGCCGAUCCACCCUCGAGCCUCCAUGCUGCAGAAGUCGCUCAGCGUCAUCGCCAGCGCCAAAGAGAAGACUUUGGGCUUGACCUCGGGAAAGGCAGCGGGCGCGGAGGAGAGCAACAAGAAAAGUCAGCCCAAGGGCAAAGACGCCAGGGUCAACCCGGAGCCGGACAUGGAGCGCCAGCCCAAGAUGAUCAUUAGCCAGUCGGUCGAGUACAAGCAGACGGCGGCGUUGGGCAGGAUCAUGAAACAGCCGGCGAGCAGCAGCCAGCCUUCGAUCUGCUCCGAUCCGGUCAAGGCAAAAGACCUCUACGAUCUCUCCGAAGUGUGCCCCUGGGAGGUGGAAGACCUCCCAACCCCGUCCGAAAACAAGGUCCAAAAGCACGUGUCCAUCGCGCCGAAGGAAACCACCACGGUGCACGGCGGUGGCGGCGCCAUGGGGGGAAAAUCUCAGAAGCAGAAGCCCUCCGACCAAUCCCCGUCCAGGGCUUCGAAGACCAGCCAGAGGACGGCCGCCGCCGCCGCUCGAGCGGACGUGUGUCCGUGGGAAGACGGCGGGGAGAGUCAGGGAGGCCAAGAGGACGUCUCGAAGCAAAAGAGCAGCAAAUCCCCCAAGACCCAGCGGCCUUGUUCCACCACGGAGAGCCCCAAAACACACCCGGCGGACGUCUGUCCGUGGGACUCCGAAGAGCCCCAAAAGACGGCGGAGCCGCAGAGGAGAGGCCCCUCCCCCGCGGAGGGGAAAGCGCGGAGUACCCUCUCGGAUCCUUCCAGAACGGAAGGCUCCCUCCUGCCGACGGCUCCGGAGAGGACGCCGAGCCCCUCUCGGGCGCACCAGACCGCGGAGGCCCCGUCGAAAACCCCGAGAGCCGUCGAGAGGUCGAAAGACGUCGCCGCCGACGACAGAGGCAGAGCAAAAGCUAAGGACAAGGGUAAAUGUUCGGAGAAACGCGCGAGCCAGCAAAAGAUGGCGGAGGUGUGCCCGUGGGACGUGGAGGGUCCGCCGGAGGCGGCGCCGGUGGAAAAACGGAGAAGCGCGAACGUCGGGGCGGCCAAGGCGAAGCCGGCUGAUGUCUGUCCGUGGGAUUUUGCUGACGCGUCGGAUAAAAAAGGUACAGAUUCUGGUUCUGUCGUGAACCCAAAGGCCGGAGUCGCCGUCGAUGCAAAGAAGGCAGAUGUUUGUCCCUGGGACUUUGACGACGGCACGUCGAGCAAGAAGGCGUGACACUCGACCUUAAUGGACCACUCGAGCUAUAGUUAUUGAUGUGUACCUUUUUUUUUUUUCACUUUGAAAACGGUUAAAUAUUACCUUUUACUAAUAGUACGGUGACUUGGAAAGAAAAGUUGAUCAAGUUCCACAAGUUGCCUUCCUUUCCGAGGUUUUGUUCCUGUUUUACCUAUUUUGAAAAUAAGUAAAAUUCACAACAACAAAAGAAUGACGAGCAUUCCAGAUUACUACAGGAAAGUCCUGGAGAUGAAACUUUAGACUAAUUAUGCAACUUUUGAUUCAGCCUUUUCACCUCAUCAGCAAUGUCAAAGAUCUGCAUUCAUCCCGUUCUGUAUGCGGUUCUUUCCGUGCAUCAACGUCAUCGCGUGGAGGACCUGACUUGACGACGUGGCGACUGGAUUCGUAGGGGGGAAAGAAGAAAAAAAAGACAGAAGGAUGAAAUUAAAAGUUGUGCGAAACAGCAAAAGCGAAAGCCAAAGAAUAAGGGAACAUCUGCAAGGAGGGAUACAAGAGGGAAUCAGUCUCUAGCACUUUAGCCAACUCCAUAAGUAAAGAUCUCCUCCUUCGUUGCAUGGCAACCACGCGGGACACCGAAAAACAUUUUUCCCUUCUUUUCUUUAGAUCUAUUUAAUUGUAGUCCUCGGCAGAUUUAAAAUGCUUCCAAGUCUGCAGAGAUGUACUGUAUGUGCCUAAACUAACUAGCGUUGUCUUGUACCAGUGGAAGCAGGCGGCUUCUCCUUCGGCCCUUUGUGACGGUGAAUUAUAUAAACAGCAUGCACAGCCGGGUGUUCGAGAGUAGACGGACCCCAGCGGUCAGCGGAUGCAGUUAAUGUCCGGGUAAAUAACAUUUAUCUUUUGUUGUUUUUUGUACAUACCAGAGUCACUCCUUUUUUUCCCGCUCGUUUCAUAUUUCCAAAAGCUCCUUCUGGGUGGUAGUGCAGCAUUCACUUGCACCAAGUGCGUGUUGACGAAUCGUGGAUCUAAACUUCACCAAAACUGACCCUCAGCCCGGAGAAAAAAAGGCCGCCGAUCAAAGCCGCUGCUCAAGAAGAAGGUUAAACGUUGUGUUUUAUUUGUUCCACGGGGGAACAAUCUGAGACCUGGAACUUCACUAGAACAACAGUCCGGUGUCGCAAGCGGUCAAACGAGCGCACGCGCACCGUAAAAAAUCGCAGACCCGGCUUCCCGAUGCCGCUUUGACCCUCCGCACUUGCCGUAGUUGUGCGUGCAGACAGCUCUCCUGUGCAAUGACACAUUGUUGUAGCCCGAUGUUUCACUUCACGCACUUUUUCUGGCUCCUGCAACGUAAGAUUGUCCCCCCAAGUGAUCUGUAGAUUAGAGACAGGACGGUUCUCACUGACCUCUUAGUUGCACACAUGUUACGCUUUAAUGUACGGCCACAUCUUAAACUGUCUCGUAGACCUAAUCACUGCAUAGAUUAGCAGGAUGUAGCAGAAUACUACACGGGAAAGAUCUCACACAGACGCUCAUGUCGAAUAAAGAGGUUGAGAUCGUUCAGCUAACUGUGAUCUGAACCGUUGUGGUCAUGUGACCUGUCACACUUUGUUUCAGCGAUGGCGCCUUGUCUCCAGAUGGAAUAACCGGUUGACUGCAGCGUUACAGCAACAAAUCAUAACUACUAUGAGGUUUUUAUACAGCGGGAACAACCCUUUCGUAUUUCACAAUAAUAAUAUUACUGCUAGCGCAACACUGCCAUCAGUUUGUUCUUCACGUUUCUGCUCGUUGUUCCCAGUUCAAUGCGCUGAUUCAUCGAGAUGAACAUGAAUUAGGCGAUUAUUGACGAUGUGGCCGUCAAUAAACAAUCCAACAAAACCGCUUGAAAGGCUGGUUCGGUGUUCCGUAUCUAAAUGUCUAAACGUUCCUCAUGAAUCGUCAAAGUGGGAAGAAAAAGAAAUCUCCCACAGCAGUGGUGGGGAGAGCUAUGUAUGAAUUUACAUUAACUGAAUGUCGUCCCUGAUUGUAAUUAUCUAAAUUUGAUGUCAAAUUCCUAAAUAUCAAAGAUCUGUAGGAGUCUUAACUAACUGUGGUCAAAUAUAUAUUUUUAAAAUCUCUGCUAAUUUUCAAAAACCAUAUUUAAACAUUUCUUCAAUUCUCUUUAUUUAUUAUUAGCAUUAAACUGAAAUCAAUCCAGCGGCAGUGAGUCCGGGAGGAGCCGUGGACGGACGGUAGCGAUUUGAUGGAUCGACGUGUCCAUCACGGGCCGCGCAGCAUCUGAAAAGCCCCCCCCUUUUUUCUCUUUCUCUUCACAGUCGCUGUCGCAUUGAUUUUCAUCUUCUUUCGCGCUGGCCUGAAUGAUGAAUAUUACGCUGUUUUAUUUAUUCAGUGCGCGCGUGCAGCCCGUCGUGACCUAUUAUGACCGAGCCGCCCGACACGACUGCUACUAUUGCUACUACUAUUCAAUUCUGUGACGUCGUAAAUCUUGCUCUUGUGGCUUCUGCAUGAAUUCCAGAAAAAAAUUAGAAAUGAUAAUAAUAAUAAUAGGAACCCAUGUUUCACUGCCCUUGAUAGAACAAAAAAAGGAUCUUUUAUGGACUGUUACAAGUUGUAUAGUGAGUGAUACUGUCCCUAACCCACUGUAUUAUGUGCUUGUUAUGACUAUUGCUCUAUGACAAGCUUAUAGCAUCAAUAUAUGGGAAUAUUUGGUAGAUUUAUAUUGUGUUAUAUUGUGAUAGCAUGUACAUAAAAAAUACCUCCUCUGCAAUAAAUAUUUAUAUGAAAAUGAA